AUGUCUCGAGAAAUAGAUCGACUGCCAAUGCCCACGGAGAGGCGCAAAGUGAAGGUCGUCGUCGCUAGUCCAAGUCGAUCCGGAACUCUUGGCCUGUACUGGGCAAUGCAGAUUCUAGGCUUCAAAACAUAUCAUUUGUAUGAGUGUAUCAACGCCGGUGGUCUAGCUCAUAUCAAGAUCUUCAAAGAAGCCAUCACCGCUUACUACAACCAACUCUCGGGAAUCAAACGAUACGAUCGAGCUGAUUGUGAAAAAUGGCUGGCAGACUAUGACUGUCUCAUUGAGAUACCUAGUUACGUGGGAAUGGACGUGCUCGAGGCCUACGCUCAAGACCCAGAAGUGAAGUUCAUUUUGACGGAGCGAAGUCCUGAGAAAUGGGCGAAAUCGGUCAACAAUUCUGCUGGACAAGUUGCGAACAUGGCAACUACCUUUCCGUUCGUCGUUCUCAAGUACUUUGACUCGACAUUAUACCACUUUCUCAAUAUGAAUCGUUUGGUCUAUAAUGCGCUUGCCGCUGGGACGAAGAUCGGGGACGACGAUAAUGAAAAGCUGUUGUGCAGAUACUAUAGCGAUUACAUCAAACGGGCAAAGGCGACGAUUCCUGCUGAUCGCCUGUGUCUGAUCAAUAUCGAGGAAGACAACCUUGACUGGGAGGCUAUUUGUCCUUUCCUUGAGCUGCCUAUUCCCAAGGAACCAUAUCCUGGUCGCAAUGAUCCGGCGAAGUUUCAAGCUCUGGUGCAGGGGUUUAUGGAGCCUCUGGUGAAAGCUGCUGCGCUGCGAUGUGGGGUCACGGCUUUGAUGACGCUGGGGGUUCUGGGUUGGGCAUCCAUGAAGUAUGGACCGACUGUUCUUGCAUCCAUGAACAGAUACUUCUAA